AUGAAGGAACUUAAGCACGUUCAUGCACAGGUGAUAACAUGUGGACUUGAAACCAAUAGCUUUGCCCUCAACAGAAUCCUGGCUUUCUGUUCAGACCCAUUUCACGGAAGCCUGUCUUAUGGGUACAAAAUCUUUGAACAGAUUCAAAACCCCACAAUCUGCGUACGCAACACAAUGAUCAAAGCUUGUUUACUCAAAGAUGAAUACAUUAAAUCGAUUCAGAUAUUCAAAGACAUGUUGAGAAAUGGCAUUUGUCCUGAUAAUUACACACUUCCUUAUGUGCUAAAAACAUGUGCAAAGAUGAAAAAGAUUGGAUCUUGGGAGUUGAUUCAUGGGUAUUGCUUGAAAUUGGGUUCCUUGUUUGAUAAUUAUGUGGGCAAUACUAUGAUUCUCAUGUACUCUGCUUUUGAUGAUAUGGAAGCAGCAAAAUGUGUGUUUGAUGAGUUUUCUUGGCAUUGUGUUGUUUCAUGGACAGUUUUGAUUUCUGGGUAUGCUAAAAUUGGGGAUGUUUACACAACAAGAUUGGUUUUUGAUGAAGUUCCAUUGAAGGAUAGAGGGAUUUUGGGUGCAAUGAUUUUAGGGUAUGUGCAGAGUAAUUGUUUCAAAGAAGGAUUAAAAUUGUUUAGGCUAAUGCAAUUGAGUGGCAAUAAACCUGACGAAGCAAUAUUUGUUGGCAUAUUAUGUGCUUGUGCUCAUAUGGACUCUCUUGAAAUUAGGAUAUGA